GCGGCCGACCGGCGCGGCCGGGAGGCGGCGUCCCGCACGGCAGUUGACUCUGGUUGGUCGCGCAGGAACUAUAAUGCAGCUGCUGUUGGUGGCGACGGUGGCGCUCAGCGCCACCAUGGUGGCAGGAUAUAGCAUGCGGGAAUUCGAGAAGGGUAGCUCGCAGGAGACGCACGCGUGUUCGACGCUGGUGCCGCUGCACGGACCCGAGCGGAAGCCGCCCAACAGCGCCUACCAGCUGUCGGCAUCCAGGCUCGCCGACGGCAGCGUCUCAGUGAAGCUGUCUGGAUCGCAACCCUUCAAGGGCUUCAUCAUACAGAGCAGCGGUCCGGCUGGCGAGUUUAGCUUCGGGUCCGACGCGAUCAAGGUCGGCUGCUCCCAGGCCACCAUCCGUCACAAAAACGCCAUUCCUAAGACCUCCGUCUCGGCCACGUGGAAGCCGUCUGGGAGCGGCACAGUCUCCUUCAAGGGAACUGUUGUCGAAGAUUUCAAGAACUUUUACGAGCUGAGUGCCGUGUCUGCUUGAGGGAAGAUCAGCGUGAAGUAACACAAGCUCAUUGCCACGUCAACGGAUUUCAGAACUUGCUGGCACGAAAGUCGUACUAUAUCUCGUGAACACGAGGCCUUGGAUGCUGUAUAAGACGAGGGAAGCGGGUUUAUUUUAUCUGUAUUCGGUAGUGGUAACAGUGAAGUUAUAAAGCUGGCCCGCUAGGCCUGUUAGGCCCGUUAGGCCCGCUAAGUAUACUUUAGGCGCGAGGCCAGCCACCUUCACUCGUGGUCCUUUUCAAUCGGCGUCUCUCACGAUGUUGGUAUCUUCCUUUCACGGCUGACAUCUGGCAAUGAAAGGUUGUCCCAUCGCCUGAGUUCAUCGUCAAGUCGUAACAGCAGUGGCAAGCCACCGGAAGAGCGAUGAACAUUUUAAUUGAUUUUUCGCAUUGCCGGUAGAUUUUAUUAAAUCAUUUAAAGUAGGGUGGUGUCUUGCGUUUUAUUUGUGUUUCGUUAGCACAGUAAUAAAACGAUCAUGGCGUCCUGAAUAAAAACAAUGAGGUGUGAAAUA